GCCACGAAAAUGGAGUUAUUUCUUGCUUUAGUGUUGAGCUCGUUGGCUUUAACUCAAGGGCGAUUUUUGGAAUCCAGAAUAGUUAAUGGUGAAAAUGCCCAGCCUGGAGAAAUACCUUUUCAGGUAUCCUUACAAAUGGGAUAUCAUUUUUGUGGUGGAUCUAUACUUAAUCAAAACUACGUGGUUACGGCUGCUCACUGUUUAUAUGGACAAAAAGCGGAGAAAGUUACAGUUAUUGUUGGUGUCGUGAGUCUUUCACAAGCAAGAUUUAAGUAUCAAGCCGAAAGACUUAUUGUCCAUGAGAACUACGACCCUCGACGAAUUGUAAACGAUAUUGCUUUGAUAAAAGUUUUUGAGCCUUUUCAGUUCACUAAAUUUGUACAACCAGUUCGUCUUCCCGAUGCUUACUCAAAAGUAGAAACUCAUAGUUUAGCUACAGUAUCUGGAUGGGGUAGUUUGAUGUCUUCAGGAGGUGAAGCUCCAGAUCAUCUUCAAAAAGCUAACAUUUUCAUCGCUGAUCUUGCUUACUGCAAACAAGUUAUGCUCAACGUUGGAGGUUAUGUUUCUGAGACUAAUAUAUGUGCCAAUGAUCCAAAAAUGAGGCGAGGACAAUGUAACGGGGAUUCUGGUGGUCCUCUGACUGUCGAUGGUAAGCUUACUGGUAUCGUUUCCUGGUCUAUCAAAGAUCCAUAUUGUGCCAGCACCAUAUAUCCUGGUGUGUACACGCGCGUGUCUGAAUACAUCAAUUGGAUUCACGAUAAUACUGUAUAAACUUCAUUUAACUUAAGAUGAUAUACUUAUUGUGUAAUUAAAAAUACGCCUUUUUUAAGAAACUAGUGUAAAUGUUCAUGUCGUACAAUGUUUUUCAUAUUAAUAACAAUAAAAAAUCGUUAGAACGAA